AUGGGGCAUAAACGUGGUCAUUCGAACAACUCGUCGUCUGAUGCUAAGAUGGUUAGCGUUAGUAUUAACGCGUGCUCACCAGCCAACAGUGGCCAUGAUUACACUGUUUCUUGUGUGAGCGAGGAAGAUAUGUUCAGUUUAGCUGAAGAGGCGUUCCCUGCAUUGCCUAUUACCCAGAGUAAAUCACCAGUCAUAAAGAAAAGAGCAAGUGACGACACUCGAGCUGAUAUCUCGACGCAGCUGUCAGGCAUAACACAGCUGAUCAACAGCUGCUCAGACCGAAUAGAGAAAAAGAUCUCAGACAUGUCAGCUGAACUGAAGGCCGUUGUUGAGAAGGUUAUCAGUCUUGAGUGGCGUAUGGAUGAUGUUGAACGGCCUGUGGCUCAGAUGCAGCGGAGGAUGGAUGAUAUGGAAACAUAUUUGAGAAGACGUAAUUUGAGGAUAGCCGGGAUUCCUGAAUCUGCGCAUGAAGAUAUUCGGCUUGAGGUGGUCAAAAUAUGCCAAAAUGCUCUUCACAGUGCUAAAGACAAACUCUUGGAUGUUAUUGACGUGGUCCAUCGUCUCAGGAAGAUCCAACAAGAGGGCACGAAGCGUCCCAGGGUGACCAUUAUGCAGUUCUCCAUUCGCUCUUACAGAGACGCUGUUUGGAAGGCCGCGAAGAAUUCUUCAUAUCUGAAAGAGAAUGCUCUGCGUUUCAUGGAAGAUUUCUCAGCAGGAGAUCGUGAGAGGAGAAGGAAGCUGUGGCCAGAGGUCCAAAAGGCACGCACGGAGGGGAAGACGGCAUUCUUCAUCGGAGGCAAAGCUUUCAUUCAAGGGCAGGGAGAAAUUAUCCUUCCUGAUUAA